AAAAAUGUAUGCGACAGCUUGAUAGGCUUAUUAUUAGAUAUUCCGGGUAAAACUAAAGAUGGGAUUAAUGUUCGAAAAGACAUGGUAUUGAUGGGAAUACGUAAAGAUCUUGCCCCGGAACAAAGAGGCAAUCGUAUUUAUCUACCACCUGCUUGUUACAAUACAUCAAAAGAAGAAAAAAGAAGGUUUUGUGAAUGUUUACAUGGUAUUAAGGUUCCAUCAACUUAUUCUGCAAACAUUAAAAGACUGGUGUCGAUGAAAGACUGUAAAUUGCUUGGAAUGAAGUCUCAUGAUUGUCAUGUUUUAAUGACACAUAUGAUUCCUAUCGCAAUUCGUGGAUUGUUGCCCGAUAACAUCCGACAUACAAUCACAAAGUUGUGUUUGUUUUUUAACAACAUUCACUCAAAGGUUAUUGAUUUAGAAGCUUUGGACCAAUGGCAAAAAGACAUUUAUGUCACCCUUUGUGAACUGGAGAUGUACUUUCCGCCCUCAUUUUUCGAUAUAAUGGUUCACUUAAUAUCUCACAUCGUACAAGAGAUUAAGGCUUGUGGUCCUGUAUUUCUACGAUACAUGUAUCCUUUUGAAAGAUAUAUGGGUAUCUUAAAAGGUUAUGUAAGAAACCAUUAUCGACCUGAGGGCAGCAUUGUUGAAGGGUAUACUUCUGAAGAGGUGAUUGAGUUCUGCCAAGGCUAUAUGGAAGGUGUCGAAAGUGUUGGUGUUCCUACAACUCGUCAUUCAGGGCGACUUGAAGGUAAGGGAGUAGUUGGUAUUAGAACAAUCAUGCCAAGUCAUGAAGAUGUACAAGUUGCACAUUUAGUGGUCCUAAAACACAUGGCAUGUCUUGCUCCAUAUGUUAAUGAACACAUGGACAUGUUACGGUCGAGAUACCCGGGUAAAGAAGAAAUAUGGUACGUAAACAAUCAUAACAAAGAGUUGUCGAGAUGGAUGAGAAGGAAGGUAACGGAGACUAAUGUUGAUAAAACUGUGAAAAGGUUUGGACAGGGUCCAAGUUAUAGAGUUAAAUCUUACCAAGGGUACGACAUUAACGGUUAUACGUUUUACACCAAAGAUCAAGAUCAAAAAAGUACAAUGCAGAAUAGUGGGGUUACAAUAAUAGCAUCAACGACAGAAUUCGAUAGACAACAUCAUGAUACAAUGAUAAGAAUCGCCGAAAAAUCUUAUUACGGUGUAAUACAAGAAAUAUGGGAAUUGGACUAUUAUGAUUUCACUAUUCCUGUGUUCAGAUGUAAGUGGGUGAAUAACCGGACAGGUGUUAAAAUUGACAAAUAUGGCUUUACACUUGUCGACCUUAAAACUAAUGGUUAUGCAUCUGAACCAUUCGUUCUUGCGAAACAUGUCACACAAGUUUUCUUUGUCAAGGACCCGAGCAAACCAACGUACCACAUCGUCCUGCAAGGUAAACGACGUAUUCUUGGUGUUGAUGACGUUGUUGACGAGGAAGAAUACGACCACUUUGAUGAUCUACCACCAUUUUCAGUCGGCAUUGAAUCACAUAAUUAUGACAACAUCAAUCGCACCACAUACUUACGAUCUGACACCGAAGGGAUAUAUGUUGAUUAA